AUGCCUGAAGUACAAAAAUCCACAACAACGAUGUCUACAACACAACCUGAUGGAAAUGUAAUCUGUAAUAAAUGUAACGAAAAAAUAUUGAAUGUUAUGACCGCUGACGAUGGAAAAGUAUAUCAUCCACAUUGUUUCAAUUGUUCGGAUUGUGGUAAAACAUUAGCGGGUGGUUUUUUCUACAAAUCAAAACCGUCAAAUAAACCAACAGAUGUUCCAUUAAAAUUUGAUGAUUCUAUUCGCUACUGUGAAACAUGUUAUAAAAAAAUUGCACCGAAAUGUGAUCGUUGUACACAAGCCAUUGAAGCAUCGUCAGUUAUGUGGAAUGAUAAAAAAUAUCAUGAAUCUUGUUUUACCUGUUGGGGAAACGAUAAAGAAAAAGUGUGUAAUAAACUCAUGAAAGAUGAACCCGUUUAUCCGGAUGGUAAUAAAUGGUAUUGUCGUGCAUGUUAUGAUAAACUCGACACUGGUAGAAAAGCUGCCGGACGUGAAAUAUUAGAAAAAAAAUGUAAAAAUUGUCAUAAAGGUUUUACAUCUGGUACGCAAGUGAGUGAAUUUAAAGAAGAUUAUUUUCAUCCAGAUUGUCUCACAUGUACACAAUGUGGAAAAUCAAUAUGUCAGAGAAAAUUUUAUCAUCAAGAAUAUAAAAUGCAAUCUGAUAAUAAGACGAAUCUUUUGUGUGAACAAUGUCAUUAUAAUAAUUCGCCAGAAUGUGCUGAAUGUAAAGAAAAAAUAUUAGAUGGACAAUCAUAUGGAUUUGAAGGAAAAUCAUUUCAUGGUCGUUGUUUUAUGUGUGCUCAAUGUAAAACAGAGAUCGGUACAAAUCAUUUUUCAAAAUCAAAAGACGGUAAAUAUUUAUGUGCAAGAUGUACAGCUCAUCAUAGUCAAACUAAUACGCACCACGGACAACAACAUGGUUGA